AUGUCUCUACCCGCUCUAGGCGUACUGGCGUACGUUGUGUUUCUCAUCGCACGUGUCUUUUACCGCCUAUAUUUCCACCCACUAUCGCGCUUUCCCGGACCUAGAAUAGCAGCAGCCACGAGUUGGUACGAGGCCUACUACGAGAUUGUCCUCAAAGGGCAGUAUUCAAAGCAAAUCUCUAAGCUACAUGACAAGUAUGGCCCUAUCGUAAGAGUGACGCCUGAUGAGCUACACAUACGAGAUCCCUAUUUUUACGAGCAAGUCUACGCCAAAAAUCUCCAUCUCGACAAGGAAGGAUGGGACAAAAGAUUUGGAUGUGCGGGCGGCCUGCUUCCGACUGUAAACGCCGAGCAACACAAGCGACGCCGGGCAGCGGUGGCCCCCAUGUUUUCACGUCGCUCAGUCCUUGACUUCAUACAUAUCAUCUACCGCCAUGUCGACACCCUUUCCGUGCGCAUGCAAGAGUUUGAGGGUUCUGCAGAGCCGCUCAAUCUAUCCCAUGCCUUCCCCGCCCUGACUGGCGACAUCAUCAUGGACUAUUUCUUUGGCUUCAACUACAAUCAACUCAAAAAUCCCGAUUUUGACUCCUUCCAUGACGCGUUUAUCAAGAUUGGCGGCGUAGGACACGUCGCUACACAAUUUCCCAUGAUACUUCCGAUUAUGGACUGUAUCCCUGAUCGAAUCACCAGUUGGCUGCAGCCAGCAGCAAAGUCAUUGCUCAAAUUCAAGCAGGAUAACUGGCAUCUUAUCGCACGCACUCUUCAAGGCGAAGAAAUAAAAUCCAACGACGCAAAGAAAACCAUCUUCCAAGAGAUUCUCAGCUCAAAACUCCCAGAUUCAGAAAAGACCCACAAACGUCUUGCGGACGAAGCGCAAAUCAUCAUCGGUGGUGGUGUCGAGACAACCGCCUUUUCCCUCUCGACGGCAGCGUUCCACAUCAUCAACACGCCACGUAUCUACGAGCGCUUACACAGGGAGCUUGUAGAAGCUUUCCCGAACCGAGAUGUACUGGAGCUGGGUCCGCUAGAAAAGAUGCCUUAUUUCAAAGCCAUCAUCAUGGAAACAGCGCGUAUGUCGUACGGACUGAGUGCAAGGAACCCAAGGACACACAAGACCCCCUUGCAGUAUGGGCAGUGGGUCAUUCCUGCAAAUACUUGCAUCUCUAUGACUAUCCCUGAAGUCUCCCACGAUGAAUCCAUCUUCCCUUCUUCUCGCGAAUUCAUACCUGAGCGCUGGCUCGAUGACCCCAAGACCCCAGAUGGCAUUCCCUUGGAGCGCUUCAUGGUCUCGUUUGGGAGAGGUACACGCUCCUGUUUGGGAAUCAAUCUAGCUUACAUCGAGCUGUAUUUAACGCUUGGCAUGAUGUUCAGGAGGUACAAGUUUGAGCUGCAUGAUAGCGAUGUGGAGGAUGUGGAGUUGAGACAUGAUUUCUUCAUCCCUAUCACAAAGCUAGAUAGCAAAGGGUUGAGGGUUUUGGUCAAGAGGACGACUGAUUGA